AUAAUUUUAAAAAUCAGACGGCUUCAUUGCGUUCUGCUGCAUGCCCGAGAACCCGGUUCCAUAACCCCGGGUCUUCGGAUCCUGGAGCGACACACAUGCAAUAAUAUUACACAGUAAAUGUGUGUCACAGCAACCACAUCGACUCAACCUUGUGGGCUGAGGUCGAUUGCAUGCGGAGACUGGCCUGCUAAGAACAAGAGGAACGGGGAAGAAGAGAUGCGCAGUGACGGGUUUCGCUUCUAUUCAGUAAGGCCGAAGGUAAUGUGAUGUGUUCGAAAGCGCAUCAAGUCCUGCAUGUUUAUAUCCCCAUAUCUGCACUUCAAGUUGAGCGGGAGGGAGUCCCCGGCGCCCGGCUCCACAGAUCAGCUCCCGUGUGGCCGCGACGGGGCCGUGCCAAUAUCGCCACGGGUUUGAGACCGGUGAAGAAUCCGGAAAACCCUUCAGAAUCCUCCCAAAUCCCCAAAAGCAAAAAUAUUAUACCCGGGGGUGAUUCAAAUGUUAUAGCUUCACGACUCUGGCCGGCCCAUGCGAGGGUAUAUCCUCAACCCGGAGAGCCUUGAGCUCAAGUGCGAUUUGUCUGCUUGCCUCCUUAUGAGCUGCCACUCACCAGGUUUUCUUUGAAGUGUUUCUUGGGGCCUCGGCCACAUUUCGUCGCCAUCAUGGGUUUCGAUCCCGUACUACCAAUCGAGAAUGGCAUGCAGGUCGCACUCAUCGUUGUUCCCGUUGCCUUCGCGGUCCUCGCUACGGUAGCGGUCGGUCUACGGGUUCUCGCACGGCGGGUAUCACACAGACAAUUUGAUGCCAGUGACUAUGUCAUAGUCGCGGCUCUCGUGGUCACCAUAGCAUUUUCGGGCUUGAUUGCGGCAGAGCCCUUUACCGGUGCGGGAAUGCAUUUGGAGGACGUCGUCGGGACUUAUGGCGCUGCUCCCCUGACUACAUACACCAAGAUGACAAUCGCCAACCAGAUCCUGUGGGCCGUGGCAGUCUGCCUGCCAAAGGUCUCCAUACUCAUGCUCUACACGCGGGUCUUCACAAUGCGAUUUUUCAUUACAGCUGCCCGAGUCACUGGAGUCCUCAUACUCCUACUUGGCCUCGCCACCGUCUUGGGCGCCUUGCUACAGUGCCAGCCUUUUGCAUAUAAUUGGGACCAGACCAUUCCAGGGGGUCAUUGCGGCGACCAGAUCCUCUCGUUCAAAAUCACCGGAGCCUUCAACGUCACCUUGGAUAUUCUUGUCUUGCUGCUGCCCAUGCCGUAUCUCUGCACGCUCGAAAUGGCCCUGUAUAGAAAGAUCAUCCUGAUAUUGACCUUUGCUGGAGGCUUUGUGACAUGCAUAUUCAGCGCCCUUCGCAUACACGCCAUCACCAGCAUGUCAUACUCCGAUCUUACCUACGACGCCGUCGUGCCCAGUAUCUAUUCCGUCCUCGAGCCGACCAUGUCCAUCACCCUCGCCUGCAUCCCCGUGAUGCGGCCCCUGCUCGGUGGCCGCUACUCCUCAACAGGUACGAGGGUAGGGCCCUCUGGCAACACAACGGGGAACUCGGCAGGAAUAAUCUCCAACGGCUCCCGGUCGGCGAAGCGCACGAGCAAAUUGGGCUUCACGGCGCUGGGGGAAGAUAACGACGACUCGUCUGACUACCAGCUACGGCCGCUUGAACCAACGAGACCUGAUGCCGCUGGCACUUCUGUCAGGAUACAGAGCCAUCGUGCUGGCGGCCGUGACAGGGAUAGUAGUUUCCGCAGCGGGGCUACGGAUGAGCAGGUGCUUCAAGGGGCCAUCUCCGUGAAGCAAGGGUGGGAGGUCAGGGUGAGCUGAGAGCUGAUCAUGUAUCUUCCUGGCUCCUGCUUCGAUACAUACUAGUACGUCUUCAAGUACUAAGACCAUAUAUAGAAUCAAGUAAAAUGUAAAAACUAUUAUAACCUA